AUGGUGAAUCUAUUCAAGAUUCAAUUUGCUAGUAGCAGAAAAAUCAAGAAGCAAUCCUCAAAUCUGUACCGUGUUGUGCAAAGACACGGAGAAUCCUUGAGGGACUAUCUUAACAGGUUCAACAGGGAGAAGAAUGGGAUACACAAAUGCGAUGCUCCUACAACAAUCAAAGCUUUCAGAAGAGGGUUGCUAGACCAUAGUGAGCUCUACAAAGAGUUGACCAAAUAUCCCUGUACGACCUUCGAGGAUGUGCAAGCCAAAGCUAUGGCUCAAGUCAAGUUUGAAGAAGAUGUCUAUGUAAGAAAGACCCCAGAGCCACAUCGCCAUUCAAGAAGGAACAACAAAUUUCCUUCUAGAGACCAUCGAUUCAAACCGUAUCAGCGUUCUCGCUUUAAUGAAGGAUCAGUCAAUGCUCUCGAAGAAGAAUUCUCAAAUUGGAGGGAAGAUCCUGAACUCCCACCUAAAUUGCAUGAAUAUUGUUUCAAUGUUAACCCUGCAGGAGUAAUCAGGACCCUAAACAAGAUGGGAGACACCGUACAGUGGCCCAGAAAAAGUGAGAGGUCUGGAGAGAAAAAAGAUCCAUCAAGAUGGUGCGAUUUCCAUUCAGAUAUUGGCCAUACAACCGAUGAAUGUGUUGCGCUAAGGAAGGAGGUUGCUUACUUGUUGAAGAAAGGAUAUCUUAAAGAACUCCUAUCAGACAGAUCCAAAGCCCUAGGAAGGGAAAAAGAGUCCAGACAAGGUGGCCCCCCACCUCCUCCUCCCAUUGUCAAAACCAUCUGCUUCAUAUCAGGAGGUUCAGAAGUAUGCGACCUAACAUACUCAGCGGAAGUGGCAUGCGAAAGAAAGCAACAAGGAUCGGUCCGAUAG